UACUGAAUAUUUCUUGGAAUAGCAGUUGCAAUUAUAAUUAUCGUUGCCUUCACGCUUCAAGCUAAGCCUGUGUCGCAAUUUUCAAUCAAUACCUUAAUUGUUGAUUUUAGUUGCUGGUAUUUGUUACGACUCAGUACAGUACGGAUCUUCUUUUCAAGAUUCUUUCCUUCGUCUUUCCUGUUCUCUUUGCUAUCAUAAAAUAUUUCCUUUUUAUCACUAAGACACAUAGCGUAAGUCCAAUAAGACAAAUCGGUUAUUUAAACAUUUAAUUGUAACAUCUACAAUGCCAAGUAUAUUCAAAAUGUUGAUAAGGAAAAAUGAAAUAGUUAAAGCAACUAAUGGAGGAAAUGAGAAAUGACUGGAAUUUGUUGAAGGAUAAAUUGGAAAUAGAUAUUAUAAAAAAAUAUGCCCGCUAUACGAACAUGGUGACAACAACUGUGAUAGUGUUUUGUUAUAUUUGCAUAUUCACUAUCACGAUAUUUCAACGUCUGCCAUUGAUUUUUGACAUUAUAUUACCAUUGAACGGAUCACGACCUUAUCAACUUAUCCUGACCACGGAAUAUUUUGUCAAUCAAGAUAAAUAUAUUCAGCUUAUAUUAUUACAUGAGUUUUUAGUCGGGUGUAUAGGAUUCACUACAGUGUGGGGCACUGGUGCGUCAAUUAUAGUAUAUUUAACGCACUUGUGUGCAUUACUCGAAAUCGCAAGCUAUCGAAUAGAUAAUGCUAUCGACAGAAAUAUCUUAGCAAUGCCUAGUCCCAAAAAGCAGUAUCUACUUCACCGGAGGAUUGUAAAUGCAGUUGUGAUGCAUCAAAGGGCUGCUGAGUUUAACGAUUUUAUGACAUCUGUUUUUUUGAUACCAUUCGCUCUUCUGAUAGUAGUUGGCGUUAGUUCUUUAACUCUCAGCCUUUUUCUUCUCUGCCGUCUAAUAUUAUCAAAUAAUAUUAGUAAAGCAUUGGUAAUAGUUAUACUCACACUUGCCCAUUUAAUUUAUUUGUUUAUCGCUAAUUACUGUGGACAAGUUGUAAUCAAUAACGGAAUAGAUUUAUUCAAAGCCACAUAUAAUGGGUUAUGGUAUGCAGCACCAUUGUCUACUCAAAAACUAUUAUUAUUUAUAAUGCAAAGAGGAAGAGAAAACCUUACCAUAUCGUGUUUCAGCAUAUUUAUUGCAUCCUUGGAUGGUUUCGCAACAGUAAAAUUAAAAAAUUUGUUAUAGAAAAGAAAAUUGAACUAUUUACUAAUGUUGAUGUACUACAUGGAGUAAUAUUUAUUUUUCAGUUGACAAGUACGGCAGUAUCCUACUUCACAGUAAUUUAUUCUACACGACAAUAAUAAUUCAAAAGAAAAAAUUAAUUUUUAAUUAUUUAGGUUUUUAUGAAAUUUAUAUUAUUGUGUAACGCGUGUGCAUAAAAAUGUAUUAAAUAUAAGUUGCUAACAUUACGUAAAUGUACUUUUUACUCGUAAUACUUGACACCAGGGAUUGAAAUGGAUAA